AUGAUCUUCGAGGUCACCGAGCCGGGCUUCCCCUCCGACCAGUCUGUGCGCAUCUUUGUGCAGUUUGAGCGGGUGGAGGAGGCCACCAAGGCGCUGGUCGACCUGCAGGGGCGGUUCUUUGGGGGGCGUGAGGUGAAGGCCCAGUUUUUCGAGGAGGAGCGGUUUGAGAAGCUGGAGCUGGCGCCGCGGCCGGAGGAGGUGCGGCGGUAG